AAGUUGAGCUCCUCUCUGUGUUUCGUAGCCAGAGCAGCAGCAGGUCUCGUCGCGAAAAAGGAGAGCACCAGCUCGCAAAAGGUGAAAAUUGUCUCGAAAAAGUGGCGAUUUCUGCGAGUGUUUUCGUUCUUUUUGGAUCGAAAAGUCAGCCAAUUGGUGUCCUAAUUAGAUUACGAUCGAAAUUGGUGUGUUUUGCGUGGGUACAGCAGCCCUUUCCCGUGGUUCGGGCUAGAGGCCACUGUUGAAUGCCUCAAAUACGCUGCGCUGCCUUGAAACUUUGAGGCUCCCUUGUUCGAAGUGAAAUAGACGUCGACGGUAACGACGACGAAGUAGAAGAAACGGAGCCAUCAACAGCAACAAUAGCAGCAUCAGCAUUUGCAACACCACAGCCAGAAACAGCCGAGAUGUUCAACUACGGCAACGUAAUGAUGACCGAUCAGUUCCGGAAGGUGGAACAGUACUCACCGAAAUCAUCCCCACGGGCGGGCGGUGCGGGAGGACGGUCCCCGGUUGUGGCCCGGCAGGAUUCGUCCGGAACGCUCAAAACCACCAUCCAGCUCGGCAAAAACCCUUCGAUAGUGCACAGUGGGCCUUUCUACCUGAUGAAGGAACCACCAGGCGAAGGCGAACUAACCGGGGCGACCAACUUGAUGGCCCACUAUGGCCUCGAACAUUCGUACAGUAAAUUUAGUGGUAAGAAGGUAAAGGAGCAGCUCUCAUCGUUUCUGCCGAAUUUGCCCGGUGUCAUCGAUGGACCAGGACAUCUCGACAACAGCUCACUCAGAAGCGUUAUCGAGAAACCACCAAUCGUUGGCAAAGAAUUACUUCCCCUCACGAGCGUACAAUUGGCAGGAUUCCGUCUGCAUCCCGGACCGCUCCCGGAACAGUAUAAGCACCUGAAAACGGCACCCUCUAGGAAGCAUAAGAAUAAGCAUAAGAAACACAAAUACAAGGAGGGCAUUGCGCCCCAGUCCGAACAGUCGGCGCUUGAAGCGUCCGGUCUGGAUACCCACGAGAAGAAGCACAAGAAACAGAAGCGCCAUGAGGACGACAAAGAGCGGAAAAAGCGGAAAAAAGAGAAGAAGCGCAAAAAACAGCGGCACAGUCCGGAGCAUCCGGGCAGUGGGACCACCGCGAUGCCGCCUCAAACGCAAGUCUUCUAAAUGUACACAAAAAAAUUAACAAAAGAAAUCAAAAUAAUUGGGGGAAAAUUUACAUACACACACAGCUGCAACAAAAAGUAACAUCGUUAGUAGUUAGUAGUGGUAAGCCUAUUGAUUCAUUUCUUUCUAAGUUGAACCUCGAAUGGGAACCAAGUCUGGUUUUCGAAGCGAAAUAAGCCCAUUCACUCAUCGAUCUUGAAAUGAAUGAAAAAAGUACAUAUAAUUAACAGUAUAACUAAUAUUGCAUCAUGGCAAAAAAAAAACAAGAGAGCAUAACUUUUAGGAAGCACCUAGUUUUCCCUUGUUUUGUUGAUAUAUAAAUAAUAUUUUUGAAUGCAAAAGUGUUUCCUUACCACAAUUAUCCGUAAGUAAAGCAAACAAAUUGCCGAUCGAAAAUCGAUUGGGGAUAUUGCCAAUUUUUUGAGAAUAGGAGUGUGUCAAAAAUGAUCAUUACAAAAUACUAAAUACGGUUUGCGAAAACGAGAACAUCCUACGUUUAGGCAGUGUCGCUGAUUUUUCAUAAGCCGCACGAAAAAAAAAAAGAAACCAACAAAACUCUUAGCCAUGUAAGCUAACAGUGGAGUGAAAAUAUAUACUGUUUUUUUUAGUUUCGAAUUAUUUUCACAGAACACUGCGCUGCGGACGAAAAGAACUAGCAGCAGUAUAUCCGCAACAAUCUUUCCUUGUACAGAAGUGAUUGACAUAAUACGUUCAUCCGAUAGAUAGCAGGUAAUUUGAUCCCGUUUUAUCAUCUUUCCAACCCACAACAGAGUUCCCCUUUUCCCCCGCCCCGCCCCUCGCUCACUGAGCAGGACGACAACGUGCAAAAUAAGCAUGAUUAAAUUUUUAGUAAUGUGUAUUUAUAAUUAUUAAUUUGAGUUAUUAUUUAAUUUUAUUUUCAUCUAGCAAUACAUUUGACGCAAAUGAUAAA